UUUCGGACAAGCGUUGUUAUUUAUUCGUACCCAAAAAUGCUAAAUUUUCGUGAAAUAUCAAAGUUUUUCCGUUUCUAAGAAAUAAUGUUGCUUACCGAGCCGGUCAAAACAAAUAACAUGCAUAAAGUUCAACAAACAGAUAUUUCAUUAAUUACAUCUGCGCCAAGUAAUUCGGCAGUACCAGUUCAAGCGCCGACAACACCAUUAAGAUCGUCGCGGAAUCAAAAUCGCGGUGAUAAGAAUUCAGACGAUAGGUUUGAGAGGGAAAACAAUGCUACAGCGACAAAGGGAAGAAAUCCUCCUAAACCACCCGAUGAGUUUUACAAAGACUUGCAACAAUUUCACGAAAAGAGAGGGACUACCAUAAGAAAUAUACCGAGAAUAUCUGGACGUGAAGUGGACCUUCAUCGUCUGUAUUGUGUGGUAACCAACAGGGGAGGGUUUCUUAAAGUCAAUGCAAGAGAUGAAUGGGACGAUGUGCUGCCCGAGCUGGGGUGGAAAGAAAAAAUUGUGAAUGGUUCGGCCGGCUUAAAAUUUAUUUAUCGACGUUUUCUGGAAAAGUAUGAACGCGUGAGUUUCUUUGGCGAAGACCCAGAAAAAAUUGAUGCCCAAGAGGCAGCUGAAUUGGCUGAGAUGAUGGGAGCAGGCGGUAGUGGUAGAGGCGGCAGGGGAAAUUCCCGCUAUCCUUCAACUUUAUUUGGAGGCGGAGCAUCCACAAUGAACAACAUUGCAAUGACUUAUAAUUAUAAACAACACCAUGUAAAUAUGGAUCGACGGCGCCAAUUCAAACUAUCUACCGAUUUGCAUAAGUCAUCGCCCUAUGAAAAACUGAUGUUAUCUCUUCUAUCACCUUUACCAAAUGAACAAGAUUUUGCCAUAAAUGCCUGUACUUUAAUGGCUAAUGAGAGCAAACAUACGCUGAAAGUAAAUGAGUAUCCAAAAUUAUUGGAUGCUUUACUGGCACACACCGGCGUUUACUCCGAUUAUUCAAUGAGAAAAUUAUUUCAGCAUAUCUACAAUGGGGUGCGCCAUCAUUCGCUCUAUGGCUUUUGGUAUGAUUUGUUGCAUGGCCAUCCCCAAAUUCUAGAACUGUACACCGAUGAGCAGACUUUAAUGGAUUCGGGUGUAAUAGAUGAUUGGGACGAUGGAAAACAGGGCAUUGAGGAGGGUAUUUGGUACGAUUCAAAAGAAUAUGAUUUCUUGAAUUUAGGCCGUGGCCUGGGUACUCACGAUUACGUCGGUCAACGUGUUCUUCAAAUUGUGGCCAUCUUACGUAACCUCAGCUUUAUUGCUGAAAAUUUGCCUGUGCUGGUUAAAAAUAAAACCCUGUUACGCUUUUUAGUUAUGGGGUCCAACAUUAGAUGGAGCAAUGUACAUAUUCAAGCUUUGGAAAUAACCGGCAAUAUUGCUGCAGAAAUCGAAAUGUUAGAUCCCACAACAGACGAACUUAGCCGCUGUCUCAUGGCUACUAUUUGUGACGGUAUCGAUGGACCGGACCGUGGUGUCAUCAUAAAUUGCUUGGAAAUUCUUUACAAACUAUGCCAACGAGAAGCUAACGAAGAAUAUAUCCUUAAGUGUUUAAAUGAAAAAUUUUACAACACUAUUGCCCUCUUUUUAUCCCUAAAUGAUAUAAUGCUGCUGUUAUUCACUCUGGAAGCUAUAUACGCCCUUACUUGCAUGGGUUCGAAAAGUUGUCAGUCAAUGAUGCAUGUCCGGGGUAUUGUGGAUCAAUUGAUAUCAUUGAUUACAGUCGAAGCUCAGUCGUAUGGUCCCGACGGUUGCAUUCUAAUGAGAGUGGUAGAAACAGUGCCUGGAAAUAUGCUCCCAAUGGUAGCACAAAACAUAGCCAACUUGCAAAAUGCAGCUGUCAUGCACAAGUCAACCCCUCAUGCUUCAAUCAUACACAAACAGCAAAUAAUUCCAAAUCCAAAUAUUAUGUCCGACGUGGUGGAUAGCAUACUUCCAUUUCAUGGCGCUAGCUCUGUUGUCACACCUGUAGAGCACCACCACCAUAAUCAGCAACAACAUCAUUCACAAUCCCAACAACCGCAACAGCCCCAACCACAAAAUAAUCCUCCUCCUCCACCUCAAAUGCAAAUGCCUCCGAACUUCACACAGGACGAUGAUCAAUUUGCCUUGGCCUGGUUAGGUGCUACAUUUGAGCGCGCAAAUACUGAAUGUCAUAUUGAACAACAGGAGUUGUAUCGCAUGUACUUGUCGCACUGUCAGAAAGCCGGAAAACAAUCGGUGCUAAAUCAUAUGCAAUUCCCGAAAUUGAUGCGAUUAAUUUUUUCCUCCGCUGUUGGCCCAGCGAUAGUGCGAAGGAGCGAUGGAACGGAGUUACCUGGCACAUAUUACAUUUCUCUAAGGAUGCGAGCUCAGCCCUUGCCUAUGCAACAAAAAUCCACCUUAGUGACUCCAGGGCCAAGCUCCCCAGGUGGCAAACAGAAUGAUAACAACUCUCCCACGCGAAAAAUUAAAAAGAAAUUGAAAGAUGGGAAUACCUUAGCAGCGACCAAUGUCUCGUCUGAAGGUGGGGCGUCGCAGCCUGUUGUAGAAAAUGCACCCAAAGCAAUAGUUGCAGCCGUAAGUCCAAAACCUCAAAUAGGUGUCAUCGAAACGACAAAUAAUCAAGAGUCAUCUGCAAUGCUACCACAACCCAAUGUUGAAAUAAAAUGUGACGAAAAAAUGGACAUAGAGGAGCCUGCGGAGGCAGCUAAGGUAGAAGAACAUGGCUCAGUUCAGCCAGUACAACCAUCUCAAGCAAGUGAUUCUUUAGCAGCGUCUACUGAACAGUCACCGCAAUUAAAUCAGGCUCAUCCACAACACGCCUCCCAGACAUCACUCAUUAAGAGCCUUUUGGCAAAUAAAGUUAAUCAAAGACAGCAAAAGCAAAAAGAUCAAACCACAGCGAAUGCAAGCACCAGCACACCAAGCACAAGCAAUAUACCAUGUGGCAGUGGACUUUCAACGGUAGCAUCCUCACCACAACCAAUAAAAGUUGCUAGCACGGCCAUAACAGCAUUAGUAAGCAACCCACUUAUGCAAAAUACCCCAGUGAAAGUUGGGCAAACUACCAUAAAACCCUUGAAUCCCACCCUGUCUAUGGAGAAGAAGCAAACCCACAUUUCCGAGUCCACACCACCCCCUUUGGCUCCACUAAGUGGAGCAAAUGUAGCCAAAGAUUCUUCGGGAAGACCCAUUCUCUUGGCAAAUCAAAUGUUGGUGGAUAUUUUGGAUAAGAAAAUGAUUGAACCACCCAUACCAGCGACCAUAAUUCAGAAACGUAAAGUGGAAGACACUUCGGCGCAGAACAAACGUAUGGCCCUUGACUCCUCGUCAAUUAAUGCAAAGGAUUCUGAAGUGCCGGUUACGCCCUCCAAAAAUGCAGCUAAUCUGUAUGCUGAAAUGGCAGCUUCAAUUUUAGAAGAUGAAGAUUUGGAAGAAUUGUCAGCACAACAGAACAAUCUGAUGACCGAACAGCCUAUGCAACAACAUCCGCCGUCGCUUAUAAUUCCAGCUGCUAAGGUGCAGACCGCCGUUCAAAAUGUACCCAGACAAUUGGUAUUUCAACACAAUCAGCCGUCUCAGCUAAAGGUUACCCAAGCGAAUUCAUCUGCUGGACAGACUACACAUCCUAUGCCAAAUGCAGUGGCAACCAUAAAAACUGAUCAGGGCCUGCAAACCGUACCCGUUAUUUUGCACCAAAAGCCUUUAGAGGCCACACAACAUGGCCAGCCACAGCAGAUAAUACAGCAGGUUAUUCAACAACAGCCAGCAGCUUCCCAAACGCAGACCACUCAAUACGUUUUGGCCACCAAUCAACAGGGUCAAACCUAUUUAGUAGCGCAACAAACGCCACAGUCACAACCCGUAGUGCAGCCUCCUCCACCAACGCAAACGGUUCUGGUCACACAGACACCGCAACAGCAAUCGACUGGGGGGAAGACGAUAAUCAUAUUGCAGCAAAAUAGCCUACCAGGUCCCUCAGGAGCGCCACAACAAAUCAUAACCACCACGGCACCAGGACAGCAACAGAAAAUGAUAAUGACUACACCACAAGGUCAACAGGUUUUGCUGACACAAAGGCCACAGACGCCACAGCAGAUCUUUAUAAACCCCCAAACAGGUGCGGCUACUCACAUCCAACAUGUGCCAGCCCAAUCAAGGCAAAUUAUACAAACCACAACUACACAAACUAUGCCUAGCGUCCAACAAAAUUCGCAAUUGCAAACUGGACAAAUGUCACCUUCUCUUCUCAAUCAAUUGAAUCAAAUUCCAGCUACCAUAAAACUUCAUCAGCCAGUAGCUCAGGUAAAUACAGCCAUUCAGCCCUCUCAACAAAACACCGUGUCUAGAAUGUCCAUUGGAACCAAAGGUGUAGCUAUAGUACAAGGACAUGCUGCAAAUCCACCCGCAACGCCAGUAGCUAUACCCCAAUUGCAACAACAUCAAUCCAUUAUACAGCAACACAUAAUAUCGGGGCCAGCGGAAAAACGCCAUGUUAUAUUGGGUGGCGGAAGGGCAAUUGAAAUAAAGGAAACGCUUAUAACCCAAGCUCAGCCACCGCCGCAACAAUGUCAGUUAAAUUCGCAAACGAUUAUAACAACACAACAGCCCACACAAUCAACUGUUGCCACAAACAUAAUACAACAACAUCAACAGCAACAACAGCAGCAGCAAACACAACAGGUACAACAACAAAUUCGCGCUGUUUUAGAACAACAGCAACAGCAUCCUUCUAUAAUACAACAAAAAAUAUCUUCAUUUUCCGUUAUGCCACAACAGCAACAUUUGCCACAGCAACAGCCACAGCCACAAACUCAAGCAGCCGCAGUGCUCACACCAAAAGUGUCAACUGUGGCAGCCACAAUGACAUCACCUCAAACACCUGCAUUAAUAGCAGCAGUAAAGACAAGUGAAACACACACACCAACAGCAACACCACCACCACCACCACCAUCUUUAAUACAAACUUCAAAUCAAAGUAAUUUAAAGAAAAGUUUGACUCCAAGUCUGCCGCCCACAUUGAUAAAGCCUUCAUUACCUACGGUGAAAUUGCCACCGGGUGUUGGUAGUGGACCUCCUCCGUUAGCUGCAGUAAAUAGUAACGCUACUACACCCACACUAAUAGCUAAAACAGCACCCCAUUCAGCAAUAGAAGAUAAAAAGGAGGAUUCGUUGGUUAAGGUAGCUCCUCCACCUGCCACUUCUGCACCACUACAUGUGCCUGUUGUCGCAAGUAACACUCUAACGGCAACUACACAGGCGGCAUGUGGAAAUCAAACCUCCAACGCAGCAUCAAAUACAACAGUCAGUGGAAAUCCGCAAGCGGCAACUGCACCGAGUGCUCCACAAGCACCGGGCACGCAGUCUCAACCACAAAUUCAAACCAGCACUCCACAAUCACUUUUACCCCAAUUAACACCGGCUGAUGCUCAGUGGCUUUUUAUAUGUGAUUGGCGUAACUGUCCCCGUAAGAAGUUCAAAUCCCUUAGUGAUUUGCAACAUCAUGUAUGCACUUCUCAUGCUCCCGAUCACCUAGAUCCUUCGGCAGAAAUCUUCUGCCAAUGGGGUGUAGGUCCCGGUCUAUGUGAUGGAAUACCACGUAAGCGUUUUUCUCUUAUGACCCAUCUUAUAGAUCGACACCUGACAGUGGAAUGUCUUAGAUCAGCGAUGCAGCGCAGAAUUGCCACAGGUGCUCAUAACAUUGCCCCAGCUAAGCCCCCCGUUACGAUUGUGCGCAACAUUGAGUUGUCACAAAGAACAAACACUGCAUCACCAUCACUAUCCACAUCUUCGUCAUCGUCCUCGCAGGCAACACCUACCGGUUCGUCGGCAUUGCAAGCCAUCAAAAGACAUACCGCCGACUUUCUGAAUUGUAAGGAACUAAUGGAUGAGAACGAAGGACCGGUAACCAAAAGCAUUCGCUUAACAGCCGCCCUUAUACUGCGUAACUUGGUUAUCUAUACCACAACCGCAAAGCGUAGCAUUCGCCGUUAUGAACCUCAUCUGGCCAAUAUUGCUCUCAGCAAUGUCGAAUCUAGUGGCACUAUAUCCAAUAUUUUAUACGAGCUGAAUAAUUGAAUCUUUUAGAAUAUUUUCUUUUUUUCUUUUUCUCUUUUUCUAUUGCAAUUCCAUGCCAAUUCUUCACUUUAAGCUUAAAAUGUAAUCCGCUGCCACUAGUGUGCUGAAAUACCACAGAAUGCAUCAUUUUUAUAAACCUGUUCUAUGUAUCUUUUCAUGCAGAAAUACAAACACAUAUACAUAUAUAUUUUCUACACUUGAUGUAUUUUUGGUGUUAUGAUUUAGAUGCACGAACUUAUUUAGAUGUCAGAUGCAGUAUUUUAUAAUAUUCCUAUCUCGAUUUUACAAUAAAACCGAUUUAUAAAAUCAAAACAAA